AUGGACCUUUUACGUCCUACUCUAAUGGCAACUCAUGCCCACUCUCAACCAACAUCAGCCAACUUUCUACCAGCCAUCGGUACCAUGACAUCGAGCUAUAAGAAUCAUUUCCCUCACUCCAAUUUCACCCAUAGCUUAAGCCUGCCUUGGAGACCAAGUACAUACUACAAAGUGGCCUCCAACUUACCAACCUUGGGUCCAUACAGCACCAGAUCUGAAAGAGUUUCUGAGAGCACUAUGCUCCCCUUUGUUUCCAACAGAACCACACUCUUUACAAGAUAUACUCCUGAUGAUUGGUACAGAGCCAACUUAGCUAAUUUUCUAGAAUCUAAAACUUCCUGGCAUAAUUCAGAAAAACUCAGGGUGGAUACAUCUCGACUGAUUCAAGACAAAUAUCAAAAAACAAGAAAAUCUCAGAGAGAUUCCACUCAAAAUUUGGGAGAACGAGUCAAUGACAUAGGAUUUUGGAAAUCUGAAAUAAUUCAUGAAUUGGAUAGAAUGAUUGGGGAGACAAAUGAGUUAACUGAUAUUAAGAAAAAUAUGGAACGGUCUUUGAUGGAGACAGAAGCCCCACUUCAGGUAGCCCGAGAAUGUUUAUUUCAUCGAGAGAAAAGAAUGGGAAUUGAUCUAGUUCAUGAUGAAGUGGAAACAGAUCUACUUAUGGAAGUUGAUAUUAUUCUAUGCUGUCAAGAAAGAAUGAAGCUGCAUUUGGAUAAGGCUAUUGCCCAACUUGCAUCCAACAGAGCUGCCCAGCAUGAGCUGGAGAAGGACCUAAGUGACAAACAAACAGCUUACAGGAUUGAUGACAAAUGCCAACACCUGCAAAACACUUCAGAUGGAGUCAGCUUCUACCGUGGUGUUGAGAAGGUUGAUGCAACGAUCUCAGUGCCUGAGUCCUGGGCCAAAUUUACAGAUGACAAUAUUCUCCGCUCUCAGAGUGAACGAGCGGCAUCUGCCAAGCUCAGAGAAGAUAUCCAAAACCUCUUAGUUGUAACUGCCAAUGAGAUGUGGAAUCAUUUCAACAAAGUGAACAUGGCUUUCACCAAUCGAAUUGCUGAGACUGCAGAUGCUAAAAAUAAGAUUCAGACUCACUUGGCAAAGACCCUGCAGGAGAUUUUCCAGACUGAAAUGACCAUAGAAUCCAUCAAGAAAGCCAUCAAGGAAAAGUCUGCCUUCCUAAAGGUAGCUCAGACCAGACUGGAUGAGCGCACGAGGAGACCAAACAUCGAGCUGUGCAGAGACAUGGCCCAGCUACGCCUUGUUAAUGAGGUGUAUGAAGUGGAUGACACCAUCCAGACCCUGCAGCAGCGCUUAAAGGAUGCAGAAGACUCCCUGCAGUCGCUGGCCCACAACAAAGCUACCCUGGAGCAUGAGCUGGCUGUCAAAGCAAACACACUCUACAUCGACCAGGAAAAAUGCAUGAGCAUGCGGAAGAGCUUCCCCAGCACCCUUCGACUGGUUGGCUUCUGCUAG